ACAGAAGCUGGGCGCGCAACAGUUGGCGUGCGCGCCCGACGGGAACGCGCUUCGGAAUUGAGAAGUCAGACAAGAGAAACUCUGCCUUUAGUCUCGGCGCACGGACUUCGCUUACCAUCUCAUGGAGUUCCCCUCAGGAAACAGGCGUUUAAUAUCAGUGCACUUUGAAGCUUUCAGAGAUGGACGCGCUCUCCGGGCAUUUGGAGACUCCAAUAGGAACAUCACUGUGGAUGCGCACUGAAGUUAACGCAAACCUGGGGCGGCGAAAACUUACCUGUCGUCGUUAUCACGAGCAGAAGAGCCCACGAUGAGCUCAAACCUGUUGCUGGUUGUCCAAAUGCGUUUGCUUUGAAAAUGGUCACCUGCUUUUCAGGAUUCAAUUCUUCCAGCGCCAACAUCACGACCGUCACCUCGGAUGUGGCCGCGUUCCCCAGGUACACGAUGGUUAUCCUUGCCAUCCUUAUGAUAACCCUGGUGGUCGUGGUGGUGGUCGGAAACGCGCUGGUUAUCCUCGCCUUCGUCGUGGACAAGAGCCUCAGAAACCAGUGCAAUUACUUCUUCCUCAAUUUGGCUAUAUCAGACUUCCUCGUUGGGGCCUUUUGCAUUCCGGUCUAUAUCCCCUACGUCUUGACGGGCAGAUGGAUGUUGGGCCGAGGAUUGUGCAAGCUGUGGUUGGUGAUGGACUACUUGCUGUGCACAGCUUCCGUCUUCAAUAUCGUCUUAAUCAGCUACGAUCGCUUUCUGUCUGUUACACGAGCAGUGAGGUAUAGAGCCCAGCAGGGUGUCACGCGUCUGGCAGUGCUCAAGAUGUUGACAGUCUGGAUCUUGGCGUUCCUCCUCUACGGUCCCGCCAUCAUCUUUUGGGAGCUGCUGGUCGGCAAGAGCAUUGUUCCAGAGGACGAGUGUUUCGCCGAGUUCUACUGCACCUGGUACUUCCUACUGUCGGCUUCCACCUUCGAGUUCUUCUCCCCCUUCAUCUCAGUGACCUUCUUCAACUUCAGCAUCUAUCUCAACAUCCAGCGGAGGAACCGCAACAGGAUGACGCACGUGGAGGCCGAAAGAGAGGACGGAUGGCGGGUCGUGGACGGCCAGAAUUCGUCUGUUUUCUUCGUCAAAACACGCAAGGUGUCCUCCAGCGGGCCGGCGGGCAUUUCGGCCGUCAUCGAAGACGACGAGGAAGUGUCGCCUUCGUCCAGCGGAGACCCAAGCAGCACUCACUCCGUGUCCCUGACGAUGAGGGUGACCAAUAAAAAGCGAGGACUGUUUAGAGGUUGGGUAAGGACGAGGAUAGUACGAGCGCAGGAUGCUUCGAACGCUUGCGGCCCCUGCAGGAGCGGAGGCCACGCACGACUCUCCCGUGACAAGAAGAUCGCCAAGUCUCUGGCAAUCAUAGUGUGUGUUUUUGGGGUUUGCUGGGCACCGUAUACUCUCUUGGUGAUCAUACGGGCUGCUUGUAAGGGCACGUGUGUGGAACAUCACUGGUACGAAGUCACUUUCUGGCUGCUUUGGCUUAAUUCAGCCAUAAACCCUUUCCUCUACCCCCUUUGCCACAGCAGUUUUCGCCGGGCCUUUGCCAAGAUUUUGUGCCCCAAGCGGCAGUCUGUUCGACCGCAUGAGGAAAGCCCUUCCUGCCAAUGAUAAUCUGAAAGCAACAGAUGGGAUUUCACAUUUUCACAGUGAAGGCUGAAUUAAAAAGCACAACAGCAAGAUUGCGAAACAUUUACGCCCAAGGCACUGAAAACUAACGUCUAAAUGGAGGAGCGUGUUUUUUUUUUAUGUUCAACAAAACGAGUAACAAAAAACGUUUGACGUUGACCUUUAUUGAUGGUUUUGCAACCAAGCUGUUACAAUUAGCUCUAGAAGUAACAUAGAAAUGGAGUUGUUUCACUCGCUAGCACGUAAAUUGCAUGUUGUGGGGCAUCCGCGAAACGUGAAGUGAUGCAGCUUGUGUACAGAACUUAUACACUUGACAGUUCUGCCCACAUUUAUCGACUAUUGUUUAUUCCACCUCAUUGACUCACACGGUUCAGCGGAGAAGAGAUGAUCUAUCUGAGACAUCAUUACGACUCAAAAGAGAAAAGGCCACAAUUGUUCUUUCACUGCAGCUUCACAAACAGACACUGAGGAGAACUCAUUUUCUGCUAUGGACAGACCAAACCAAAUAGUUUUUGAAUGUAAGUUUUGUGGAAUGUGAAUGAUGUUAUUGAUAUAUUACAAUAAUCCAAGGAAUUUGUUUGUUCACCCAAAAAUGUAAAUGGUCACUAAAUGGUCAGUUUUAUUGUUGUUUCAUUAAUAUUUUGAAUGAGCUUUUUUUACAUUUUUUGUUUUUGUUAAUGUAGCUAUGUUGUUAAGUGCUUUUGUCGUUUUAUUAUUUAUUUGUUCAUUUUUCAUGUUGCUAUUUAAGAUUCAUUUAUUUUUAUUUCAGGGCCUCAAACGUAUUUCGGCUUGUUCCUGAGGCCAACAUUUUACUAUAUUUCAGCAAACAGAAAUGUUGUAAUGGUUUUCAUUUGAGUAAACUAUAAUAACCUUGCUUUACAUUCAAUGUAAAUGUGGUGCCUCACAGGUUAGCACAAUGAAUUUUGAUGUAAUUGACUGAUGUGACGCAACUUAAUAGGCCACAUUUGAAUUGAAAGAAAGUGCAAAGGAGAGACCAUUGUAGAUGGUCCAUGUAGAACCAUUUUGAGCACAGAAAGUUAUCACAAUUUUCAGAAGACUUGAAAUAUAUAGCACACAAGUUGUAUUAACUACUUUUAUGGUGCUUUCUGUACCUUUUGGAGCUCCAUUAUGAAAAGAACACUCAGAACCUUCUGCAAUACAUGUGCUUCUGUGUGAUACGGAGGAAUGAAAGUCAUACAGGUUUGGAUCGGCAUUGAGAGUGAAUGAUGACAAAACCUUUCAUUUUGGGUGAACUGUUUCUUGUUUACAUUCUUAUAGAUAUGGAUACGAAGUUGUAGCAGCCAAAAAGGAUAGAAUCAAUGGCAGACAUACAUACAUCAGUCUUUACAUGUAUUGUUAAGAAUGUUAAGAAAAAUUGUUUACAAUAAUUCCCAGUGUUGUUUUUAAGGUUUGAAUCCUUGUAAAGGAGAUCAACACAGAAAUACAGCCUGUGUGAAAUGUUUAUAUCGGUCAUACUGUGUGCAUCAGAAGUUGUGAAGAAACGUCAUAAUUCAAGUGGUUUAUGGAUUUAAAAAGUUAAGCCAACUGAGACCAAUUUCAUAUUCAGAGCUACGAUUCAGUGCCUCCCAAGUUCUUUAAAAUGAACUACACUGAAUUUAUAUUUCGGAGGGCAACACAGUAAAAUCCUUACCAAGCGUUUGACAAGGUCCAAAGGCGAAACCACACAGCUUUAUUAUCCCCGGAGAAAAGCUGGAAACUCCAUGUUCUUUCAUUUGAUAUUCAAAAUAUAUCUGCGCAUAAUGAUACCCUAAAUUAAAAUGCCCGAGAACACUCGGCAAUCAGAGUAAUAUUUCGCAUGUGACUCUGAAAAUCAGGUCUUAUCCCUGGAGCGGUCGUUACGCCUCUGGUCGUCUCUUUGCUUCGGUGAAUUAGUAAAUGGCUUUUUUUCCAGAUGGCUUUGAGAGCUCUCGAUUUAUCGGUGCUGUUUGGAGCUCAAGUUAAUUAAGCCACGAUGACAAGCAUCCUCAUCGGAUCCUUGAAUUUGAAAAUCUAGAAUCUCUCGACCAGGUGAUGCCGUGGCAAUAUAUGGCGUCUAUGGAAAGCCAACGAGCGGAUGAGAUAUGUUGAUUUGCACGAUCAGCAUUUAGAGAGCAGCGUUUGAAGUCACUUCUUGAAAUCUGCUGCUCGGCACUUCUGGAAAAGACGCGCUUUAAUGUCUCUCGCGUUUCCCGAUAAUGAGAUUCGAAGGUUGUGUAAUGAACGUAAUAGCAAAAACAUCAGCGUGACGGUUGGAGGGGGGUUGUUGGUUUAAGGAUACAAGCGCUGUGUAGGUACAGUUACAAAAACUGCUGAGGAGAGGUCGUACUACCACCGAAUCAAAUCAACGGGAACAUUUCAUCGGAGCUUCCCAGCUGCCUGCGGAUUAAGUUCUGCUACACGGAUGUGUGGAUUUCAGAACAUGACGAUGGGAAAUGAACCUGGGGUUAAAGUCCUUUGAAGAUGUUGCGCAGAAAUGCAGAGGGACAGAGUCUGACCGAUUCAGGCUGCAAGCAAAAACCAAGCUUAUAGGUUUAACGUUUGGGACAGUUUUACGUUUUAAUUGCUGCUUAUAUCCUCUUAAUGUCUUCAAGCUCUUGUAAGGUUGCAAGAAUGUUUUACAACUACUCCAUGAAGAACGUAAAUUAUUCCCUAGCAUAAAAUGGACUCGUUUCUAGUUUGUGGGGAAUUAAACCAUACUGAUGGGCAGUGUUGGGUAAGCUACUCUAGUAACUAGUAAUUAAUUACUUUUUCAAUUACAUAUUCAAUAGUGUGAUUAGAUUACUGUACAAAUUACUCUCUCCAAAAAAUAUUUAGUUAAUUAUUAAUAAUUACGUUCUAUAUCCGCCUUGAUUAGUUAAGUGAUUCAAGGACAGACAUGAAACGGCUCUUUUAAUUCAUUCAAAUAAAUAAUAUUAAACUACAUAAAGUACUCUUAUUAACUGACCAAAGUAUUACAAAUGUGAGAAUUAUACAUAAAAG